AUGAAAGCUGUAUUGUAUCUUGCAAGGCAGAAAGUACCCUUCAUCGUUGUUGUGUCUUCGGGAGAUAAUAAAUCGAUUAAAAUGUAUGUUUGGCUACUAGUGGUCACCUUUCUGCAUUGGUGUGGAUUUUGUAAAACUCAAGAAGUUACAGCCUCCUUGAACAAUAACCUUUUGACAUGGGAGGAAGCAAAAUCCAACUGCACCCUCCUUGGACCCAGUGUCCGUGGGUUUUUACAAACAGCCAAAAUUUCGUCAAAAGAGAUCCAAACCAAGGCCUGGAUAGGAGCCUACAGAGGCCACACCCAGUGGCUGAAUGUCAGAGGUUGCUACACGGUAUACACAGCACAACUGCCAUUUGCAACCAGAAUUCUACUACAAAGAAAUGAUACCGUGGGGAAAUGUGUGGAAAGCUGUCCCGCCACUACCAUCUACGGGUUGUCGGAAAAUUACUGUUUCUGCAUCUACUCCAUGCCAUCGUUUGUAACCAAAUGCACAGCUCGCUUAUGUAAUGGAUCAAAAACCGAUUUCUGUGGCGGAACUUUGACAUUUGGAAAUCUAGCAACCACAGAUAUUAUGUUUUACACAACAAACACCCAGCUGCAGUCCUUUGUGCCUGGGGAAUUGCAAUGCAUUCAGGGUCAACAGAGCCGUGAUGGUGAGGAGGAUGAGUUGACGACAUCAUAUACCUACCAAACGACGCGCUGUGACCAGCUAGUGGCUAGCUAUGUCUGUCACACAGGAUCAUUUGAUGUUAUUUACACGUCGACAGUUCGGAUGAAUUGGACAGGGGCAGUGUUGGAGUGUAGCAAGCUUAAUUACAGAAUCGCUGAUACGUACACCUUUGGAGGUGUUCUUCAUCCCUCGCGCCUCAUUCUCUUCUGGGUUGGAAUUUUUCGCAGAGAAUUCACAAAAAUUGACACGGUUAUCCCUAACAAUCCACAAAUUUCUACUUUGUGUACGGCCGUCACUGUUAAUGAAGAUGGGACUAUGCAACUGUACAACGAAAACUGUAGUGCGCGAUUGCCAUCCUGGUGCGAAGUCCAACAGACAACCACACAGACAACCAAAACGACUACUUCAAAAGAAACGAGAAUAAUUACAAGACCUCUACCACCCGAAGGAGGAAAUCACAUUGUCUCCAUUUAUUUACCUCUGGGGAUGUUUGCUCUUGUUGUUCUGGUAGUUGCAAUCACAAUCUUUAUGCUGAGGAAAAGAAUAGCUACGGAAGCCCGCAAGGCUUGGAUUGAAACGAAGAAUUACAGAACGCAGAAAGACAGUCUCACAGAUUAUACUGAUAGGAAUCAAAAUGCUAAAGCAACCUAUGAUCCCGUGACAAGAGAAAGUCCCAUACGGCCGGAUUCUGAACAUAAAUAUGACUAUGCCAAAUUCAAACAAGCCAACUCUAAAAAGUCACACUAUACAUCUAUACAUAUAGGGACCUCUAGUCAAAGGACAGACUCCACUUACGAUCACGUGACUAGAGAGAAUCCAUACCCAAACAGUAAUCUGACCAGCAGUGUUUAUGACCGAUCAGACUAUAAGCAAAACAUCACUCAUUCUGAUGACGUCACUGGAGAUGCAGAGGACACAGCAUACGACCACAUAGAUAGACGCUCAAGGAAAACAAAGGAGACACAUGAUACGUAUGACCACAUGGAGAAAAAAUGA